AUGGAUGUGAUCGGAAUCUCUGGUGAGUUCCUUUUACACAACAAACCUGCUGCCGUGAACUGGAUCGAGGGACAGGGGAAAUCAGUAGCUUUUGAGGCAGUAAUCAGAGGAGAGAUCGUGAACAAGGUGUUGAAAACGAGUGUGUUUGUCCUGGGUGAGCUCAAUAUGCUCACGAACCUCACCGUCUAUGCUGUUGCAGGCUCUCUAGGUGGAUUCAAGCUCAAAACUAGGAGAGCUCAAUGCAUCACAAUGAUGGAAGCCACUAAUGGGAAAGAUAUACAUAACUCUGUCACUACACUAUCUAUUGAGGUUGGGACAGUAAGAGAAGGAACACAAUUUCCAUCUAUAUCAGCAUAG